AUGGACGGUCUUGCACUUGAUUGGUUUUGUUCUUUACCUGCAGGUUCCAUUUCUCGAUUCCGAGACAUAUCAAAACCCUUUGAGGAGCACUUUGCUGGAUCUGCCAUCUACCUUCACGACUCCGAUUACCUGAACACAGUCAAGCAAGGCCAGCACGAAAGCCUCAAGGACUACAUGACGCGCUUCACAAAGAUAGCCAUAAGCAUACCCGACCUCCACCCCGAGAAACAUGGACACAAUACCGAUGACUGCAUCAUCGCCAAAGACCUGUUGGAGCGAUUAGCUCGGCAAGGUCAUCUGGACAAAUUCAUCAGCGGCCACAUGCAGCGGCGAGCACCUCCUCCAGGAGACCAAAGCUCGGCUACACAACAUAACCGAGAUAGAGACCGACCGAACAAUAACCAUCCUGAACUGCCAACACGUACAAUUAACUGUAUUUCCGGAGGUUUUGCAGGUGGAGGAGCCACAAGUUCGGCAAGAAAAAGAUCUCACCGAGCUAUCCUUUCCAUCAACGCCGAUCAAAGUCAACAACAGCCGCCGCCUACAUUUCCACAGAUAACAUUCCAUACCGCCGAUCAUUAA